AUGGAUGAUGACCAACAAAUGCCAGACCUUGAAACGCCACUAAUUUCAGACUCACAAGAAAAGGGUAUUGAGUUGAAAGGACUAUUCAGUAAAGAUGAUAUUCUUGCAGAAGCGAAAAAGCAAUUGUGGCUGGCAGGGCCUCUGAUGUUCGUCAAUUUACUGUUGACUCUAAUUCAAACAAUUUCAGUCAUGUUUGUCGGUCAUGUUGGAGAGCUAGCUCUUUCCGGUGCUUCCAUGGCCGCCUCCUUUGCUUCAGUUUUCGGAUUUAGUCUGCUGAUCGGAUUGUGUGGUGCACUAGACACUUUCUGCGGUCAGGCCUAUGGAGCAAAGCAGUACCAUAUGGUUGGCAUCCACACACAGAGAGCCAUGUUUGUCCUACUACUCGUCUGCAUUCCUCUUGCUUGUUUGUGGGCUAAUGCAGGACAUAUUCUUGCAUUUUUCGGGCAAGAUCCAGAAAUAUCAGCCGAAGCUGGGGUAUAUGCACUUUACAUGAUACCUACAAUUUUCCCUUAUGCACUGCUCCAAUGCCAAUUCAAGUUCCUGCAAACACAAAAUAUUGUCAUUCCUAUGAUAUUAACCUCAGGAGUCACAACGCUGCUUCACAUACCUACAUGCUGGACUCUGGUAUCUAAAUUGGGUCUUGGAAAUAAGGGUGCUGCAUUGGCUAACGCCAUUUCUUAUUGGAUCAAUGACUUGUUCCUAGCACUAUACGUGAAAUAUUCGCCUUCUUGUAAGAGCAGCUGGGCAGGCUUUUCAAAAGAGGCAUUCAAAGAUGUCUCAAAUUUCUUGAGUAUCGCAGUUCCUUCAGCCAUCAUGAUCUGCUUGGAGAUUUGGUCAUUUGAACUGAUGGUCCUUUUAGCCGGUCUUCUUCCAAAUCCUGUAAUUGAAGCAUCUGUUCUGUCAAUUAGCCUGAACACGAAUACCAUGGUCUACAUGUUACCACUUGGACUUGGCUGCGCAAUAAGUGUAAGAGUGGCAAACGAAUUGGGUGCCGGGCGUCCACUGGCUGCUCGAUUGGCUGUUUGGGUUGCGGUAGUCAUGGUUGCAUUUGAAAGCAUUAUGGUGGCUGCGAUAAUGAUCUUGGGGCGCAGAAUCUGGGGCUACUGCUUCAGCAGCGAAGAAAGAGUGGUGAAAUAUGUAGCAGACAUGAUGCUAUUACUUGCUGUAACACACUUGUUGGAUGGAAUUCAAUCUGUGCUAAAUGGCAUUGCUAGAGGAUGUGGUUGGCAAAAGAUCGGUGCAAUCAUCAAUUUGGGAGCUUAUUACCUGAUUGGUAUUCCUUUGGGUGUAUUUUUAGCUUUUGUCCACCAUAUGGGAGGGAAGGGUCUCUGGACUGGUAUAAUAGCUGCUGUAUUUUCACAGACGAUGUUCCUUCUGAUCGCUACAGUACGUGCUAAUUGGCAGGCGGAGGCAAAGAAGGCAUCUGCUAGAGUUUUGGACUCACAAAUCGCGAGUCAUCAGGCACCAUAAUAUUAAACACCCAGAGAGAG